GAAAUCCACCACCAGAGGUCGUUGUGCAAAUGUCAAAUCUAUGAAAUGACAGCUCUAUCAUGCCUUCUCUCUUUCGCCAUUUGUCAAGUUUCCGGUUAAACUAUGGCUGAUACACAAGCUGCCGCUGCUGCCCCCGCCAAGGCUACCAAGGCCACUAAGGCUGCCAAAGCCCCCAAGGCUGCCAAGCCCGAAAAGGCUGCCGCUGUCAAGAAGGCUGCACCCAAAUACAAGCGUCAUGGCCGUCUCUUUGCCAAGGCUGUCUUCACUGGCUACAAACGUGGUUUGAGAAAUCAACACGAAAACCAAGCUAUCUUGAAGAUCGAAGGUGCCCGCAGAAAGGAACAUGGUCAAUUCUACAUUGGCAAGCGUUGUGUUUAUGUUUACAAAGCUGAGACCAAGAAGUGCGUUCCUCAACACCCAGAACGUAAGACCCGUGUACGUGCCGUUUGGGGCAAAGUAACCCGCUUGCACGGUAAUGGUGGUUGCGUUCGUGCUCGUUUCAACAGAAACUUGCCUGGUCAUGCUAUGGGUCACCGCAUUCGCAUUAUGUUGUACCCCUCAAGGAUUUAAGUUGUUUACACUUAAUUUUUGACGCUUAAGUUUUAAAUCCAAAACAAGACCUAUAAAAUUUUAUAUUAAAAAAGAAUAAACAACAAACUUAAAACCUGAACCACA